CAGGUGGCGGUAUACAGAUUUCAAAUGAUUUAUACGGUCAUUAGAGUAAAAAAAGGGGGAACCAAAAUAUCGUUGCUCUUAGUUUCCGGGCGGUAUUGUAUUCAGUCUGGACAUCCGGUGUAAACAGUAUUCAGGCUUGACACGUAGUAUCUGAAAUGCUAUGAAAUUCAAUAGGUACUUCCAUAAGCAAAACAGACUUUUUUAAUCCAAUUACUAAAGCGUCAAACGCAGGGAUGAAUGCGGAAUCCACGGCUGAAAGGGCGCCAGGAACCGCCUCGACUGCAGGUGCUUCAGCACCAAUUCCGGGCAGCACUGCGGUCCUGACGAUACCGCAAACGUGCCGCCUGGUGUGUGUCGAGUACCCUGGAUACGUAAAAAAUAUUGAUAAGAUGCUGGAAACUGUUGGAGGCGAGAAAGGAGUGUCUAAGACCUACAGUGAUCCCUCUAGAAGACUUGAGUUGAAAUUUCGUCCACGGGACCCUUAUUGUCACCCCGUGUGUGGAAACCGUUUUCCCUCCACCAACUUGUUACUUCGAGUGAGAAGGAAGGUGCGCAAAGGAGGCACCGGGGAGGUGCGAAUCUUCAUGGAGAUCAUGGGUGUUGUCAGCACCACAUAUAAAUUCCAAGGGAUGGCAGAUUUCCAGUAUCUUGCGGUGCACACACAGGCUGAUGGGAAACAAAUGUCUCUGUAUGACAAGAUCAUCCUACAUAAACCAGAGAAGAAGGAAUUUUUUGACAUGGAUGUGCCCUUGUUUAUACCCCCACCUAUCUUCUCCCGCCUCGACACCCCAGUUGACUAUUAUUACCGUCCAGAAAUCCAACACAGGGAAGGCUACAUGCCCCCAUCGGUCUCUAGCGAGAACCUCAUUGGGCAGAGCCGGGCACGCCGCCCCCACAAUGCCAUCUUUGUGACCUUCGAGGACAAGACCGUGCCUUUGGAGCCGCUGGAGGCUGCCGUGCAGAACUGGAAGCGGGUCUGCCUUCAUCCGUGUGAGACCAAGGCUGAGGAGGAGAUGGGGAAGAUGUUUGAGAGAAGGCCCAUCUGGUCACGCAAUGCUGUCAAGGCCAACCUGGAUAUCCACCCUGAGAAGCUGAAGUUGCUGCUGCCAUAUAUGGCAUAUUACAUGUUGACGGGUCCAUGGAGGAGCCUGUGGGUCAGGUUCGGAUACGAUCCCAGAACCGUGGCGGAGGCCAAGGUUUACCAGGUGUUGGACUUCCGGAUUCGCUGCGGGAUGAAACACGGAUACACUCCGAAUGACAUGCCUGUGAAAGCCAAACGAAGUACCUACAAUUACAGCCUGCCCACCACCGUCAACAAGGCAGUUCCCCAGCCAGCCAGCCUGCGGGAAAUCACACAGGAAGGAAGCGCAACCUUGGGGCGCAAGCCUGCCCCCCCCAGGUACAAGCUGAAGGAGUCUGCGUACAUUUUCCGCGAGGGAACGUUGCCACCAUACCGGCAGAUGUUUUACCAGCUCUGUGACUUGGAUGUGGAGCGCAUAAAGACGGUGAUCCACCAGAACGACGGGCAGGAGUUGGAGUGUGAUGAGCGGGACGGCUGGUGUCCGCCCCGGACGGCGGACGAGCUGAGGGACAUCAUGUCCAACAUGAUCAAGCAGAUCAUCCGCGCCAAGCGGCCAGCUCCUUGUCCCUCCAAGACCAAGCGUGCCGCGGCCGAGCCAGAGAGCGCGGACGAGGAGGAGGUGGCCGACGAGGAUGAGGAGGAGUUUCAGCCCUCGGAGGGCAGCGACAACGAGAUGGAGACGGAGAUCCUGGACUACAUGUGACGCCGCAUGCAGCCUGACGGCCUGCUGGAUGCCAUUGGACUGAAUCGCUGAAUCGUAGCAGUUUUUGGAUGAUGCAUCACCUUAUCGCACUUCAUACAUUUAAAUCAGGCGCUUAAAAUUAAAAAUAUUUUCUGAAAUGAUACUGAUUGUCCCUGUCUUGAAUAAAGUAAAGCUCAUAUA